CUCCCUCAAAACAAAUCACAAGUCUACAUUAGUCUUUCUUCAUAUAUACACCAAAAACUCUCAACUUCCUCUAUAUUUAAAAUUUCUACAUACCAAAAUGGCCAUUAGAAAAUCAAACAAACUUCCACAAGUUGUACUUUUAAAGCAAAUAAUGAAAAAAUGUUCCAGUUUGGUUAAGAAGAACGACUAUGAUGGCGACGUACCAAAAGGACAUUUUGCAGUUUACGUUGGAGAAAAUAGAACUCGAUAUAUCGUACCUAUUUCUUUUUUGAGUCAUCCCGAGUUUCAAUGCCUCCUUCGUUGUGCUGAGGAAGAAUUUGGGUUCGAUCAUGACAUGGGCAUCACAAUUCCUUGCGAAGAAUUUAUUUUCCAAUCACUCACUUCCGUCCUGAGAUAAUAAAUUAUUUGAAAAGAGAAAAAAAAAUGUGAAUAUUAGGUGUAAGGGUUAAUUUUUGAGUGAAGAAAGAUGGGUUCAAGAUGAAGCAAUUUGCUUCUCUUUUUUCAACCAUUUUUCUUCACUCUGUAAGGGUUAAAAAUAUUUUUUGUGAGUUUUGAGUAACCCUGACCUAGGAAUCACAUGGAUAUUAGUCAUGAUUCAGAUUUAUGUUUUUCCUUGUAGUGGUGUUUUUAAGCACCCUGUGAGGGAAGUCAUGUUAAUCUAUUUAAUUUGUUACUCUUUU